CAGUGCGCAGGGAUGCCAGUCACAUAGUGCCAAUGCAGUGAUACAGUGUCGUGUUAUUAAGAUGCAGUGGUUAGCGACGUGUACCCUGCUGACCGCGCUCGUCAACGGUGGGGGUGGAGUUACUAAGACUUCUGGCAUCGAGCAAUUUUGGACAGACGACUACAAAAUAUUCGAGCAAGUUUACGGCAAAACUUCAGACAAAGACAUCUAUGGGGAAUCACUGCCACCGAGUAUUGUCAUAGGCACAGACCAUAAGAAAGAAUCCUCGCAUAAGAAUGAACGGUAUCUUCUGAAUCUGGAUCAUGAUUCUGAUGAACAAGACCCUUAUGACUUUGGAGACCGUUACAACAACCUGUUAAGCAAACAAACGUUGAAACUGUUGAGUAAGAAAAAACCAGCGACAUCGUCAAUAAACUUCGUGAGCUACUCGAAUUUCAAGCCAAUAAGUGAAAGUAGUGAUCCAGAGACCUACAACUAUUUGAAGCACUUGGAAGAGCUGAACAACGAGGAGAAAUUCAGCUAUCCACCGACAAUGGGAGGAUUUAAGCCUUAUAUGAGUUAUUUAGGGCCAAAGCCGGAGGAAACCGAAGCUUAUAAGAGUAUACAGGAGAUUUUGGAAGCUCACGAAGCUAAUAAAGGCAGCAGUCAUAAAGACGAUGAUGAUGGUCGUGAAGAGAUGAAGUAUCUUACUUACCCAAAGAGUAAGAAGAAGAAACCGCCGCGGGUGCACAAUGAGGUGUCCAAACCUAGAUGUGUCACAGGUAGGUGUCGCAAGCGAGGUGCAGGACCAUACCGUUCGAGAAGUAGGCCACAUGUUAGAGGAGUAAAGAAAACAGUAUUUCUUGUUUAAGUAAUUCUUUGUUGUUGUUUAGUUUUAGGACAAACAUGUGAUUUGGAAUCUGUUUGUGGGUUUUGUUUUUGAUGUUAUUCGAGUAGUUGUUGUUUAUGUUAGUAAUUUAGCAGUUCACAUUAUCAUCAUAUACUUCAUUUUCUUUAGCCCACCAUUUAAUUAUAUCAAACAUAUAGGUUGCAACACUAUUAUAAGCUUGAGUACCUGUUGCUUGUCUGUUACAAAUGUGAGUUAACUUUUCUAUUUAAAGUAACAAAUUACUUCUCUAUUAGCGUUAACAACUUUCAAACUAAUAUUUUGCUAUCAAACAGCAGUUUCAUCUUCCGCUAUUGUUUAAUAUUAUUAAUGUGUUAUGUUAUCUAAUAUUAUGUAUACGAAAGUAAGUGUUGAGUUUGUUAAAUUGUUGUUGUCAGUAUACGUUACAAUCGUUACAUAAGUUUAGCAGUUAGUU